AUGAAUGGAUAUAUGUAUAUUUCUGACAAACCUGUGUGUCUCCCGGAGAUCUAUUCACCAAUGGUUGACAUGGAGAUGAUAACAAAGAAUGAAGUCCUAUCGGUUCUUUAUAAAUAUCCUUCUUUUCAUCCCCACAUCACAAGACCACCAAUAGGGGUGAAGAUACCUAGGAAGUCUGUCAGCCAGCAAGACAUCCUACCUCCACCUGUUUUGUGGCAUGAGAAGUCAGCCAAUAUUGGAUGCUUUUUGCCUGAAAGGAGAAACCUUGGAAAACGGAAAUGGGGAAAAAGUUGGGAUGGCCCAGAUAACACGAUGAAGCAACAGAAGAGUCGCAUAGGUGGCAAACGUAGAAUUAAAAGGAGGAAAAAAAAUGGUGGCCAAAAUAAAAAAGCGUAG